AUGCAAUCCCUGCCAAAUGAAGAUGACGCGACCGACAGCGACGUGAGAAUCCUCACCCAUGAUGACAUUCGCGACUAUAAUCCAGAUCAGAGUCAGCCGCAACCUGCCAGGACGAUCAAGAACAUACGCAUUUGGCUCAGGCCCACUCCCUACGAUGUCGUUGGCGGCGAAUUCCGCAAGCACUUGGUCUCUCACGCGCCCGGCACCGGAGACUGGCUAACCUCGAGCGCCACGUACCAGGACUGGCUGCACGGCCAAGAUCACGGGCUCUUCUGGAUAAGGGGAAUCCCGGGCUCCGGCAAGUCCGUCAUGGCGGCUAGGCUGGUCGAUGAGCUUGCCAAGUUGAACCCCGGCUGUCCUGUCCUCUACUUCUUCUUCCGUCAAAUCAUCGACGCGAACCAUGAGCCCCAAGCCCUGCUGCGAGACUGGAUGAAUCAGCUUCUGGAAUACAGUCCUCCUCUGCAGGGCAAACUUCUUAAUAAAUAUGUCAAUAGGGGGCGGACGACAGGGAGUGUCUCCAUGGCGGACUUGUGGGGAGACCUGAGAGCAGCGCUGGCCAGCUUGCCAGGGAAGGUGUUUUGUAUCGCCGACGCCCUCGAUGAAAUGGACCAGGGCAAUGACGCGUUUCUGCAAGCCCUUGGGUCACUUGGUCAGUUUAUGCCAGCCAAGGUGAAGGUGUUGAUCACUAGCCGACCUGUUCCAAGCGUCGAAGGUCCGCUCCGAAAAGCCCCCGGUCUACACGUUCGACUGCAAGAGAGUUUGGUCGAUGUUGACAUCUCGAACUAUGUUGAUUUGAUGCUGGCCAAAUCAAGCAUACCUGAAAGCGACUGGAAGGUGAUUCGGGAAGCUGUUCCUGGCCGGGCAAACGGCCUAUUUCUCUACGCCAAGCUCGCUAUGGAUGCGUUUCUCAAGCCAGGGGCUGAUAUCAAGUCGGUAAUUGGGCAACUGCCAGUUGAUCUGAACGCUUUAUAUACAGAUCUCCUCAAUGACCAGGCGAAGAGAUCCGCUGUCGAACCUAGAGUCCAGCAUCUAAUCCUCCAGGCCGUCACGCAUGCCACUCGGCCUCUCCGGCUGCUCGAGCUCACAGACUUGGUCAUGGUGGCGAAUCCUGACAACAAUGCCAGGAAUGUCAAGGAUACCAAAAGUCUUAUUCGAGCUGCAUGUGGUCCGCUUCUUGAGCUCCUUGCCGACGAGACAGUAUCAGUAAUCCAUCAUUCGUUUACCGAGUAUCUGAAAGGUACAACCCGCACGCAAGAUUCUUCAGGAUAUCCAAUUCUAUCAUUCGGCUCAACCCACGCUCAGCUUGCCCUGGCGUGUCUACAUUAUCUCCAGAGCGGAUGCUUAGAGGAGUCCGAGGAUACUGAAGAAGAUGAUGAUCCAUCUGAUCCCAGCCCCAAAAGAGUCCAAUUAAGACUCAAGCACCCGUUCCUUGAGUACGCCUCUCAGAACUGGUAUCACCAUGCCAGGCAAUCAGAAAAUGCGGGCCACAGCCAAACCGAGAUCAAUGUCCAGAUUCGCAGUUUCUUGUCACUGGAAGGCAAAAUAAGAAACUGGCUCCCGAUGGAGGCGUACCAACUACCCAAGGUCUUGGGGAUUUAUUUGCAUCUCCAUGUUCCCGCACAGACAGGAUUGAUAUCUUACUUCCGGGAAGCUCUGGCUAGCGAUGUACCUGCGAGUCAAAACCACAGAAAAACGGCCCUCCAGAGAGCAGCCGCAGCAGGUCAUACGAGCAUAGUGCGGGAACUCAUCGCGGCCGGGACCGAUCCAGACCCAGACGAUGCCGCUGGGCUGAAGCCCUUGCAUUACGCGGCGGAGAAGAACCACCAUGAAGUAGCCAAAGUGCUUCUGGAAGCCGGCGUUGAUCCGUUGACUCCGAAAACCAAAACUGAAUCCUGGUCGGGCUGUACGCCGCCGCCCUGCACGCUUGGUGAGACACCCCUGAUGUACGCCUGCCGCAACGGGCACCUGGAGACGGUCAAGGUCUUUCUCGACUUCGUGGAAGAUGCCGAAAUCAGGCACCGUGCCCUCUGCUGGGCCAGCGGCAGAGGGAGAUCGCAGAUUGUGGCCACGAUCUUGCAGCACCCAGGGAUUGAUAUCAAUACCAAGUUUGAGGGUACCACACCGCUCUUUCGCGCGUGUAGUAACCCGGAUGCAUCAACAAUCAAAAGCCUUCUGGCCGCAGGUGCAGAUCCAAAUAUUCACUGUAUGCCGAGAAACCGUUCAGGAUUCGCCGUCCAUGUCAGUUCUUUGGACAAGAUCUCGAGGCCAGAGGAUCUCGGUCUGGAUUCCACCCAGGCGUACGUAUCUGCAGCUAUGCGCCAAAAGGAACCCAAUGGAGAAGACCUGUCAGCUGUAUUUUCCCUUUUGAAGCAGGCAGGUGCAAAUUUUCACAAGCGUGACUGGCAAGGACGGACGUUGCUUCAUCUCGCGGUGCAAUCCCCAGUCCUGACCGCAGCACUUCUCGAUGCUGGCGUGGAUGCCAACAUCAAGGACGAGAACGGUGAGACACCUCUCCAAAAUGAUGAGAUUGAAGUGGGAUGUAUGGCGCUCCUUGUCGAAAAGGGACAGGCAGAUAUCAAUUCUACCAGGAAUGAGGGGAAGUCGGUUCUACUGUCGUACCUCGCAUCCUACAAGUCUCGUGCUCACGAGAGACUUGGCAAGCUGCUUGGAUAUGGCCCAGACUGCAACGUGGUUGAUAAGGAGGGCAAUGGCUCGCUUCACGUCUACCUAAACGAUUCAUCUCCCUCUUUGGACACCAUCGAAGAAUUAAUAAGGAGAGGCGCCGACGUCAACUUGAGGAACUACAAAGGACUAACUCCACUCAUGUAUGCACGGGACCCCUCGGAGAAGGUGAUCAGCCACCUGGUGAGGUCGGGGGCAGAUAUCAACGCGGUCGACCACAAUGGGGCUACUCUUUUGUUUCGCAGAAUUUCCAGUGAGAAGAAGCACCUGGAGAUGCUCCAAAGGCAAGGGGCUUCGUCCAAAACCCGAGACUUCAAAGGUCGUUCCUUGUUUCAUGAGUAUGUGAAAUGCCAGCAAUGGCGUAAGAGUACGGAUUCCUUCGCCUAUCUUUUAGGCCUAGGGCUGGACAUACAUGCCGUCGACAACGAUGGAAACAAUGUCCUUCACGAGCUUGCUCUCCGCGACGAGUUCCAGUCCGCUUAUUGGGCUAAAGAAGCGAUUCAUUUCUGGGAACAGCUUGUCGAGAUGGGGGUGGACUCGGACCUGAAGAACUUUGCCGGCCGCACACCGCUCCAUAUUUUGUGUGCUGGCCACCGCAAAGAGGGCUACGUUAAGCACAAAGAUGUCACGGCCUUCGACUUCGUUCUUUCCCGAGUGAAGAACGUAGACGUGGCCGACAAUGACGGAGUAACACCUUUGCACAUGGCUGCGACUGGUGGGGAGCGAUAUAGCACGAAGCUGAUCGCCGCGGGCGCUGAUCCCUCAAGACACACGAAUGAAGGGCUCACCCCUCUUCAUAUUGCAGCCCGUUGCAGAGCAAGUAACAUUGUUGGCCGUCUUCUGGACGCCCUGAGACAAAAGGAUCGGGCGCAACUCCCUGCGUACUCUAGCGGCCCCGAUAGUGACAGCGAGCAACCAAAGCCGGUGAUGGGUGUAAACGAGAAAACAUUCGGCAAGGAAGAAAAAGUGACUCCCCUGUUCUACGCGUGCCGAUCAGGGACUCCAGAAACCGUGGCAUUGCUGCUAGAUGCGGGAGCAACUGUUGAUCUGAGGCAGAUGCUCGACGCUACUUUCCAGUUUGAAGACGAGUGUGCAUUAUGGCGAACGCCCUGCGAACCCUCAACAUGUGAGGAGGUCCCCGUUAAAUUGGAGUCCCGACUUCGAAGCAAGGGCACAAACUACCACGGGUCGUUUUUUUACCACUUAAUCGUGGAACAGGUGCCCAGGUUGGACGAAAUCUGGGUUAUGAUUGCGAGCCACCUAACCGAUGUUUCCGACGUCAUGAGAAAUGCCGUCCUUCAUUGCAGUAUAAAAGCUUCCUUGGCAAGCAAGGACUAUACUGCCUCAAUAUUGUCGGGUGUGCGGCGCAAAUGGCAGAGCGAAACGUUGGACGAGAAACCGACAGAAAUGGUUGAGGGCAAUAAUAGUUUCCACAAACAGGGUCUAGCAAAAUCAGUGAUUUAUCAUCACAGAUUGACCGCAGGGGAAGCUGGGAGGGGACAGAUGGAUUAUUUCCUCUCGCGCAGGGAGUAUCAUAUGGUUGAGGAAAUGGUUACUCUAGGAUGCCUUUUCCUACCAGUGCCUGGCAAAACUGAUGAGAAUUGUCUCUCGGUCUUAGUGACCAACGGGUAUUCGUCACUGUUUGAGAAGGUCGGCGAGUCGGUGGCAGCAUCGGUUCUCCAGUCAGGGCUAUGGCACGCCUACGGGGAUAAUACGAAGCCUGGGCUAUGGUUCGCGGCCAAGGACUUUUCGGAAUCCAGGGCUCGAGGCAGCAAUCCUGAACCCCUUAUUAUCGCAGCCGUGAGGCGAGAACUACCUAACAUGGUUAUUCUUCAAUUGCUGGUCGAGAAAUUCAGCGUUAACAUUAAUGAGGGGCAUUACAGCAAGGAAGACAUCAAUGGGAAGGACAAAUUCGUUGUGACUGACAGUGCGUUGCAUUGUCUGGCUCAGAAAACCGCGUGGUGGCACACCCAGCAAGCAUUGCCGUAUCUCAUCAGAGCAGGCGCAGACUUGAAUAUCCGGAACUAUAAAGGCCAGACCCCCCUUCAUGUUGCGUUGCAACAUGCGAAUCGGGAGGCUGCCAUCUCGCUCAUUGAGGCGGGUGCAGACGUCAACGCCGCGGACAAUGAAAAUAAGAACUGUCUUUCCUACGCACAAACAGAUGCUGAGAUCUCGCAGCUACUUCGGACCCACGGCGCGAUCACGAGGGUCGAUGAAAUAUUUGCUGCCAUCGAUCAGUCGAAUGUUGAAGCGCUCAAGAGCAUUCUGUCUAGAAACGAACCAGGAAUCAAUGCGAAUGCCCGGAGGGGACGACCGUCAGACGAAGACGCUGGUCCCAUAAAGCGGAAGAGGGCACGUAGGAGAUACCAUGAAGAUGAUCAUGUUGAAGAAAAAGACAUCGUCGAGGAUCAUCAACUGUUCCCUUUAUUCCACGCCGGUGUUCUGCUAACUCGGAGCGAAGACGCCGACGAAAUAGUCAAGGUUCUGCUGGACUUUAACGCAGACCCGUUCUCGAAAUUCCUGGCCAGACUGAGUCAACGGAGAUCGAAACGGUACAGCAGUCGUCUCCAAGAUACCCCUUCAUUAGAGGUGCCAGAGGGCUACCGAGAGUGCACACUACUGCAUGAGAUAUUCUUUCAUCGUCGUGGGAGGUUUGAAAACUUCGUCCGGCUUCCUACUUUGGACGUGAAUCACCGAGAUUGCCAAGGCCGGACCGUACUUCAUGCUGCCUGUAUGGCUGCCGGGGGACCAGACCAUAUUGUCAAGAGUCAACAGGGAGAGAAAGGCUUGGUCGGUGAUGCAAGUCUAUUUGAAAGAUUGGUGUGCUUUGGAGCGGAUUUGAAGGCUCGAGACCACCAAGGGCGAAAUAUCCUGCACCAUAUGUUGCGCCAAUGUGAGCCUAAUGCUUUCGAAAAGGGAUUCUCACAUGCUCUCGAGGCAUGCCCCGAGCUUAUCCACCAGGUAGACGACGACGGAAGAACGCCUCUGCUUGAGGCCGCAAUACAUGCUGCUAGCACGAGGGAGACGGGACCGUUCAACACUCUGCUUGAGGCUGGCGCCGAUUGCCUCGCUGUCGACAAGAAUGGAGAAAGCUGUCUGCAUAAGCUCGCAGACAAUCUGGAUAUUCAGCGUCUUCGUGAUCUUUUCAAAGACCUUGUCAAACGGGGUGUUGAUAUCAAUGGUGUCAACUCAAGCGGAGAGACACCCUUGUUCGUAUUCUCUCGACGUCCGAUGGAAGUGUCUUCCGAGCGGUAUUUCGAACUUCGAUUUUAUGGAGACAUGUAUUCGGAAAAAGCUGCCUUGCCGUUGCUACUCGAACUCGGUGCUGAUUUGACUGUUGCGAACAAUAAGGGACAGGGGCUGCUGCAUGCUGCCGCGAGUGGUCUGGUUGAUCGCUUCAAAGAGGUCAUGGAAGCUGGGGCGGAUGCAAUGAUGGAGGAUGAAGCCCAGCAAACGGCACUUGACAUCGCUGCUGCUUGUGAUAAUCAAGAGGUUCUCGCACUAUUCGAGAAGAAGAUUUAG